AUGGAGGUGACAACACCAACACCACCAACUCCCCAUCUCCAAGCCCGCACGCGCAUCAUCACCCAAACCAUCACGCGCCCCUUCACCACCAUCACCGCGCUCGUCACCCUCGGCGGCGACAGCCCCGAACUGACCACCAACAACCCCCCACCCUCCCCAACACCACCACCACCACCGCCCGCACCCACCAACCAACAACUCGCCCCCGCCGCCCCGCCCUCCGCCCUAACCCCCUCCCAACUCGGCGCAGUGCUCGGCUCCGUCCUCGGCCUCGCCACGCUCAUCCUCCUCAUCUGCUGCAUCCUCUCGCUGCAGCGGCGCAAGCGGCGCCUCGAGCGCCAGCAGAACGAUCGGUAUUACUAUUACGACGAUGGGGAUGAGGACGAGGACGAGGAGAUGCGGGAGCGCGGCCGGUGGCAUUCGCGGAGCGGGAGGGGAUCGUGGACCACCGUGCCGCCGCCGGUGAGGUUCCCGCCGACGCCGAGGUAUACGACGUAUUCGCAGACGAGGGAGAGGCAGAUUGGGGGGGUGGGGCGGUAUCCUUGA